AUGGAGCCUGGCGGGGACCACCGGAGCCGGAGCGGCGGCGGCGGCGGCGGCGGCAGGGGCGGCCCCGGGCCAGCAGCGGCCUCGGCACGGGGCCGACGGCUGCCGCCCGCCGGAUCGAGCGGCAGCGCGGAACCCGAGGAGGACGACGGCGGGCAAGAUCUUCAGCUGGAAGGGGGUGCCUUAGGGUCCUGGGGGAGUGCCCCCCUGCCCUCCUCCAGGGCCAGGGGACCAGCAUCUUCAGGCAGGAAAUACUCAGACCACUGUGAGGCCCGGGCCUCGAGGCCUGGAAAAAGCCGCAUUCCUGGCCGUGACCAUCGUCGCUACUACCAUGACCACUGGCGGCUGGAGUACCUGAUGGACUUCAACCCUGCCCGGCACGGCAUGGUGUGCAUGGUGUGCGGCAGCUCCCUGGCCACCCUCAAGCUCAGCACCAUCAAGCGACACAUCCGUCAAAAGCACCCUUACUCCCUGCACUGGAGUCCCCGGGAGAAGGAAGUCAUCAGCAACAGCUGGGAUGCCCACUUGGGGCUGGGGGCCUGCGGAGAGGCCGAGGGGCUGGGGGCCCAGGGGCCUGAGGAGGAGGAGGACGACGAGGAGGAGGAGGAGGAGGAAGGGGCUGGCCUCCAGGCUAGCCUGCCCAAGGGCCCAGGCAAAGCCCCAGCUGGUGGGGGCAGCCGGCGCCAGAGGCGAGGGGGCCCAGGGGCACCCCGGGCUCGGCGUGGGUGCCUCUCUGCCUCCCGGAGGGCUGGGGGCAGCAGGGGGCUGGGUGCCCGGCGGCUGGAGCGGAGGCUGAAGGAGUCCCUGCAGAACUGGUUCCGGGCAGAGUGUCUCAUGGACUAUGACCCGCGGGGGAACCGGCUGGUGUGCAUGGCCUGUGGCCGGGCACUGCCCAGCUUGCAGCUGGAUGACAUCCGUGCCCACGUGCUGGAGGUGCACCCCAGCUGCCUGGGGCUCCGUGGCCCCCAGCGCAGGGACCCCCAGCGUAGCGCCCUGCUGCAGGCCUGGGGUGGCCAGCCGGAGGCGCUGUCUGAGCUCACCCAGUCCCCACCAGACGAUGACCUCGUCCCCCAGGACCUGACCAGCAAGAGCCGGGACCCGGCCCCCGCUGCUGGAGCCCAGUCCUCUCAGGAUCUCAGCCCCCCAGACGUAAAGGAAGAGGCUGGCUGGGUCCCUGAGAGGGUGCCCGGGCCGGCAGGGGAGGAGGAGCCGGAGGGCGAGAGGGUGGGGGCCCCUGGCCGAUCUGCGCGGGGCCGCGACCCCCGCCGCCACUGCCCGGAGCGCUGGCGGCUGGAGUACCUCCUGGAGCUGGACGGCGGCCGGCGCGGCCUGGUGUGCUUGGCGUGCGGGGGCGCGCUGGCCUCGCUCAAGAUGAGCACCAUCAAGCGGCACAUCCGCCGGCGCCACCCGGGCUCGGCGCGCCUGGGCGGGCCAGUCGGGGCCCUCAUCGCCCAGGAGUGGAGCGAGGCCGCCCACCUGCUGGCCCUGGGGCUGCCCUGCCCGGAAUCGCCCGGGGACCCCGCCGCCCCCAGCACAGCCGCAGCCUCCGAGGAGGGGGGAGGGGCAGAGGAGGAGCAGCCAGAGGAGGAGGAGGAGUGGUGGGGCGACGUCCCGCUCUCCCCCGGGGAACCGUCGGAGCGGCAGGCGGAGGAAGAGGAGGACGACGAGGACGGCCCGGAUCCCGGGGCGCUCGCCUUCCCUCCGCCGCCGCCGCCGCCGCCGCCGCCGCCGCCCCCCCCACCUCCUCCGCCCCGCAGCCGAGAGCAGCGGCGGAACUACCAGCCGCGCUGGCGGGGCGAGUACCUGAUGGACUACGACGGCAGCCGGCGCGGCCUGGUGUGCAUGGUGUGCGGGGGCGCGCUGGCCACGCUCAAGGUCAGCACCAUCAAGCGGCACAUCCUGCAGGUGCACCCCUUCUCCAUGGACUUCACGCCCGAGGAACGCCAGACCAUCCUGGAGGCCUACGAGGAGGCGGCGCUGCGCUGCUACGGUCACGAGGGCUUCGGGCCGCCCGCCCCGGCGGCGCCGCGCGACGGCGGCGCGGACCUCAAGGCGGGCGCCGUGUGUCGGGCGUAGAUCACUCAAGGGGGAGGGCGGCGGUGCCGAGCCGGCUCCCCGGUUCCCCGCGGCCCUGGCUGCUGCCCACCCCCGCUGGCCGGGCAGGGUGGAGACUCGGGACUGGGGUGGGGUGGCGGGUUCAAGCUAGUGCGGUCGCCGCGGGAAGCGCGCUCUCCUCGCUCAAGGCGGCGAGUUCCUGGGAAGCCUCAGUCUGUGCACGGAGAAUUUUCGGCCCCCGGUCGCACCCCGCCAGGCCAGGCUUGGGUGGGCGGGGCGCCGUCAGUAUUAGGGUCCCAAGUGGGUGUAGCGGAGGGGGUGCAGAAGGGACGCGCCGGUCCCUUUUCCUUGGCUGGGGGGCGCCCAGGUUUCACAGAGGCACGCCGGCAGGCACGGCUCUCGGGGGUCGGGGCCGGCCCCCAGCCGUUCGUUACUGGCGGUCGCGGCUGCUCCGUGGCCUGGACUGCGGACGAGGGCCUUCCUCGGGGGAGGGGCAGUGGGGCCUGGGAGCCAGCCGGCCCGCGGGCGGGCGGGCG